AUGGAAGAUAAUGACGAAAAUUUGCACCGAUUAGAAGGCAGUUCUUCCGACGCUCCGUGCGGCUUAAUCAUCAAAAAGAAGGACAGGCCACCUGAUUUUCAGUUCGCCCGGCCUUCUUUACUUGGUCUGGACAAAUUGGCUGCUUCUAAAAGGAGGCAGAAUCGUCUUAUUUCCUUUCAAAACGAGGAAAAUGAUGGAGAAGAUUCGGAUGAAACCGAAACACCUUCGGGGGAAAAGGACAGGAAAUACAGGAAGCAUAAUGAAGAAACGCCAACUUAUACCGGUGGUUUGUCAGAACAAGCGCGGGAAAGAAUGUUAGAACGAUUACAAAAAAAAGACAAAGAAUCACGAGAGAAAGGUGUACACUACUCAACUCAAGAGGAAAAAGAAACUCGCAAAAAUGACAGUGAUGAUCUAUUUUAUCGUCACCCAUAUGAAAGGCGAGAUCGCAGCAAGGACAAGAGACGUGAUGACAGGAAGGAUAGAGAUUCUCGUAGGGAUAGGGAUAGUAGAGACAGAGACAGGAGUGACAGGGAUAGAAAAAGGGAUAAGGAUAAAAGGGAUCGUGAUACAGAUAGGGACGGUUCCAGGAGGAGUUAUUAUGAACCCAGGUUUAAAGAUGAACCAAGAACACCAAGCAUUAAAGCUCUCAAACCAACUGACAAGACCGCUUGGGACGAUGAUGAUGAUGAUCCAAAAGCUAUAAGGAAGUCAAGUUGGGAUUUCCCUACACCAUUACCGAAGGACGACAGACCUGAUAGGUCAAGUCGAAGUGAACGACGACCUACAAGGGAUUACAAGGGAAGGCCGUAUGACGACACACCAAGAGCUACACCUCAUAAAUGGGUAAGCUCCCGAAGAGGUGUGGACAUUGAUGACCCGGACUGGCAAGAAGCUGAGAAGAAGUUGGACAGAGCCUGGUACAAUAUGGGUGAAGGUGAGACAGAUGAAUCGGAUCCCUUCGCCGGCACCAGCGCGGAGUACGUGGCGAAGAAAGAGGAACAGAUAGAGAAGAGACGCAACCGCAAAGUGUCGGCGGCGCGCCAGCAGAUAGACAAGGACAACGAGCUGUGGGAGCGAAACAGAAUGCUAACCAGUGGCGUGGUGCACGCUAUCAACAUCAACAACGAUUUAGACGAGGAAAGCGUAGAUCGAGUACAUCUUCUAGUUCACAACAUCGUACCCCCCUUCCUUGAUGGGAGAAUAGUUUUCACCAAGCAACCCGAGCCUGUUAUACCGGUAAAAGACCCAACGUCGGACAUGGCUAUGAACGCGCGAAAAGGUUCUGCCCUUGUCAAAGCGUUUCGAGAGCAGAAGGAACGAAGGAAGGCCCAAAAGAAACAUUGGAAGUUGGAAGGCACUAAAAUAGGUAACAUAAUGGGCAUCCAGAAGCAAGAAGAAGAAACUGAAGAAGGUCCAACAAAAGAAGCGUACAAAUAUGCAGAACACUUGGAUAAAGAGGGCCAAGAACCAGAGUCGAAGUCGGAUUUCGUGAAAAAGAAGACUUUAUCGGAGCAAAGGCAAUUCUUACCGGUUUUCGCGGUGCGGGAGGAGUUGAUGCAAGUUAUCCGGGAGAAUAACGUGAUUAUUAUAGUUGGUGAAACGGGCAGCGGCAAAACAACCCAACUGACUCAGUAUUUGCACGAAGAGGGCUACAGUCGUAUGGGCAUGAUCGGUUGCACCCAGCCGCGUCGCGUGGCCGCCAUGUCUGUGGCCAAGCGUGUCUCCGACGAGAUGGGAGUGAAAUUGGGUGACGAUGUGGGCUACGCGAUCCGUUUCGAGGACUGCACGUCGCCGCGGACGGUGAUCAAGUACAUGACGGACGGCAUCCUACUCCGCGAGGGGCUGCGCGAACCAGACCUCGACCAGUACUGCGCAGUGAUCAUGGACGAAGCCCACGAGCGGUCCCUUUCCACCGAUAUGCUGUUCGGGCUGCUGAGAGAGGUAGUCGCCCGUCGUUCAGACCUGAAGCUUAUCGUCACAUCCGCGACAAUGGACUCGACGAAGUUCUCCACAUUCUUCGGCAACGUACCAACAUUCACGAUUCCCGGACGAACCUUCCCCGUUGAGAACUUCUUCGCUAAGAACGUGUGUGAGGACUACGUCGAUGGCGCUGUCAAACAAGCUCUGCAAAUCCAUCUUCAGCCAGAUGACGGUGAUAUACUUAUAUUCAUGCCGGGUCAGGAAGAUAUCGAAGUCACCUGUGAAGUACUAACAGAACGUCUUGGAGACCUGGACACGGCUCCGCCACUGACUGUGCUGCCGAUCUACUCGCAGCUUCCAGCUGACCUGCAGGCGAAGAUAUUCCAGCGUGCGCCGCCCGGGCAGAGGAAGUGCAUCGUGGCUACCAAUAUUGCUGAAACCUCCCUCACCGUUGACGGUAUAAUGUACGUGAUCGACUGCGGCUACUGUAAGCUGAAGGUCUACAACCCGCGGAUUGGUAUGGACGCUUUGCAGAUAUAUCCUGUGAGUCAAGCCAACGCAAGACAAAGAGCCGGUCGUGCGGGCAGAACAGGCCCCGGCAAGGCAUUCUGUCUAUACACGCAGAGACAGUUCCAGCAGGAGUUGUUGGCUGCCACCGUUCCAGAAAUACAGAGAACAAAUCUAGCCAAUACGGUGUUGCUUCUCAAAUCUCUCGGCGUGGAGGACCUUCUAGCUUUCCACUUCAUGGACCCACCUCCACAGGACACCAUCCUGAACUCGAUGUACCAGCUUUGGAUUUUGGGCGCAUUGGACGGCACGGGGGCUUUAACCCCCCUCGGAAGGCAGAUGGCAGAGUUUCCUCUCGACCCUCCACAAUGUCACAUGCUCAUAGUCUCCGCCGAAAUGGGAUGUAGUGCUGAAGUACUUAUUAUUGUGUCAAUGUUAUCUGUGCCCUCGGUGUUCUACCGGCCUCAAGGUCGCGAGGAGGAGGCCGACUCGGUCAAGGAAAAGUUCCAAGUGCCCGAGUCGGAUCACCUCACGCUUCUGCAUUUGUACAAUCAGUGGAAGUCUAACAACUACUCAAGCGCUUGGUGUACGGAGCACUUCGUCCACGGGAAGGCGAUGCGGAAAGUGCGGGAGGUGCGGCAACAAUUGCGGGAUAUUCUGACUGCGCAACGACUGCCUUUGGUAUCUUGCGGUACCGAUUGGGACACCGUACGGAAAUGUAUCUGCUCCGCCUACUUCCAACAAGCGGCCCGCCUCAAGGGCAUUGGCGAAUACGUCAACUGCAGAACAGGGAUGCCGUGCCACCUCCAUCCCACUUCUGCGCUGUUCGGUCUGGGGAAUUCCCCGGAUUACGUGGUCUACCAUGAGCUGAUGAUGACGACGAAAGAGUACAUGCAUUGCGUCACAGCGGUGGACGGAAGAUGGUUGGCCGAGCUUGGGCCUAUGUUCUUCUCUGUCAAGGAGACUGGCAAAUCAAAUCGCGACAAGCGCAAAGAAGCGGCAGUGCACCUUCAGCGCAUGGAAGAAGAGAUGAAGCAAGCAGAACAGAAGAUGGCGGAAGAGAAGAAGAUAAAGGAACAAGAAGUGCCGGUUAAACAGGAGAUCGCUACGCCUGGCUUAAGCACGCCGAAACGCACUCCGCAUAAAUUAGGCUUGUAGGCAAAAGUGUUUGAGUAUUAAAUAAUAGUAAAAGGCUUAUUCGUGCAGGGUACUCAUUAAUUAUUUUUGACAGUUAAAUAUUUAACUAUCUGCGAACUGUCAAAUUUGACACCUCUACGGCAUAGAGGAACUGGCAGUAGGAUAAACGGAUGUUUAUUUUUUUAUAAAUUUUUAUUAAUUGUUUGUAAGAGAUACAUGAAAUUGUAGAAAUUACAUUUAUUAUUAAAAAAAAUGCAAUCCGAUUUUGACAAUUUGAAUGCCGCCAUUUUGGUGCGCCCUGGUAACUUUUUCGCAGACGGUAUCCGUCGAUUCGAUAUGGACUGUAAUAUCCAACGAAGCCUAGGUAUUCUAUUCUAUUCGAUUCGAACAAGGUUCAUACAACAUUUAUUAGCAAAAGUCAAAUAUUACUUAAACAUACAUAAAUGUACUUAUACUCUGUUUUUCUAACUUGUCUUAGUAUUUAAAGCAUUUUCCCUCUCAUCUACCGGUCUUUCCGAUUCCGAAACUUUCAAAAGUGCAUAAAGUAAGCCUUCUUGAAAUAAUUGGAUUUUGAAUUUUGACUUACUUGUUAGUUUUUUUAAUUUAAAAAUAGCGAGUGUCAAAAUAACAAGACUUGUUUUUUGUAAUCUAAAAAAAAGUAUGGUAAAACAGAUAAAAACCGAAUAAAUUGAAAAAGAUUUUCGUUAUAAAUGUUAAGUUCUUUUUUUAUUACUCAAACAUGCAAUGUUUAUAUUAUCAGACAAGUUAGAAGAAAUGGACUUUAAUA